ACACAUGGGGUACCUUAUCUCUGUGCCGUUUUCACCAAUGCUCUGGGACAAGGCUGAGGUUGCUGUCAGGAAAUACUCGACCUUAAGGUGGGCCUUUACUUUUAGAGAUGAAUGUACGUGUACACCAGGGCGGGACUGACAACUCAUGGGGCCCCCGGGCAAUAGGAAAUCAUGGGGCUCCUGUGUCCUCACCCACUCUCAAACCACACCCACCCAAAAAGCCUAUGAAAGGUACCAGGGGCAUCUCAUGGGGUCCCCUACUGACCCAGGGCCCUCGGGCAGUGCCCAAGUUUCCAAAU